AUGGCGAAGAAAAAAGGCAAGAAAGGUAAAAAGAAAGGAAAGAAGAAAGGGAAAUCGAAGAUGUCGGCAUUAGAGAAGGAAACAUUCAAACUUUUGAUUGAGACCCUUGAAAACAAAAUCGCUUGGAGGAAGGAGAUGUGCGAAAUAAUAAAAGAUGAUGUUGAUCUCUACCGGAAAGCUUAUGAAGAAGAAAGAAAAGAUAAGAUCGAUGUCGUAAACUUAUUAGAAAAAGCUAUUCAAGAACAAAGUCGUAUGCAUCAGAAUAUUGAAUCUGAUAUUCCAGAAGCCGAAAAACGCAGACUUGGCAUUGAGAAAGCACAGUCGAAAAAGAUAGCCCUGACUCUGAAAAAAGUGAACCAAGAUAUAGCGGAUGAUAUGCAGCAGCUUCAAAGCUUGCGAGCGAAGCUGAAAAUAUUAGAGAUGUAUGAUGAAGACAGAAUUAUAAAGAAGAUAAAUGAAAUAGAAUCCAAGCUCAAUGCCGACAACGAGGAAGAAUUGACCAAAGCAAAUGUAAUGAAAAAGCGGCAAGAAAAGUCACUCGAAGAAGAGAUGGCGCAUUUGUUCGAAAAGAAAUCGCUUGAUUACCAAGAAAGUCUGAAAGGAAGGUUAGGUAAAAAUUUCGAAAGAAUUGUAGAGGAAACAAGAUGGUUUAAAGACUCGGGAGGCAUUCUGAAAACUAUGACAGAACGUUUAGAAGGCACCAAUGCAUCGAAAGCAACUGCUUUGACAAAGGACAACAAGAAUUUAAGAAAACUAAAGCAUGAUGUGUUGAAAACUUCCGUAAAACUUCAAGAACAGAAAAAGAAGAUAUCAGCUCUUCGAUCACACAACAUGGAACUACAGCAAGAAAAAGAAAAACAAGACUACUUGGAGGAAGAAAACAAGCGGCUAACCGAUCUAAAAGAAAACACAAAACGCCGUUUGGUGGAACUGAAGCAAGAAUUUAGGGAUUCCCUUAAACUUUUGGAGCAGAAUGAAAGUAAAAUAAAGGAACUGGAAGAUGAAAUUGCUUCAGCAGAUGAUUUUGGCGACUACUUGGUUGUAAUUUUAGAUUCAGCCAAAAAUAUAAUAGCUGAGGAGGUCAAACAUUCAAUAAUCAAGACUUAUGACGGUCCUCCAGAAAGAAAGAAUGUUUUAAUUGAACUGGACUCUCUUUUUAAGGAAGCAAUUAAGCGCAUUUCUGAGGAAACCACACAAGAUCACCCAUCAACUCAUGCUUGA